AUGUCUGGUCGGGGGUUUUAUUCACAGCUUCCGCAAACCAAAACGGUUACUGUGUUCCGGAACGGAGAUGCUUUUUACCCCGGCCGAAGUUUUGUCAUCAAUCAACGCCAAUCAUUCACUUUUGACAGCUUUCUGAACACUGUCACUCGAGGCAUCACAGCUCCAUUUUGGGCAGUGCGAAACAUUUACACCCCUAACAAGGGUCACAGGGUGCUGGAUCUGGAGCAGCUGGUGCACGGAGAGGAUUUGUAUGUGGCAGCCGGAGCAGAGAGACUGAAACAACUGGACUUUCAUCACAUACCACAGAAACCGUCAAAAAAGAAAAGUGAACCGAUCCAACCUGUAGUUCACAGCAGAAUAAUUGUCCCAGCUCGAUGGAAGAGAAUCAGUAAUGAGUCGUGCACCAUCAAUGUUUUUACCAAUGGAGAUAUCUUGGUUCCUCCAUCAUGGGUGCUGAUUCCAAAACACACGCUUGCCAGCGGGGUAAACGAACGAGACUAUUUUGGGUGGGAAAAGGUAUUGGCCAUGGUGACCGAGAAAGUUCACCUUCGCACUGGAGCUGUACGCAGGUUGUGCAUGCUGAAUGGGAAGCCUUUACGUGGAGCAUAUGAGCUGAAGAAUGUUGCUGUAUGGGCAGAGAGGUUCCGGUCUUUGCCUUAUCAUCUGGUUCCAUGCAAAGGAGUAAUUCACAGCCUCACUGAUGUGAUCAACAAUGGCAUUCUUCCAGUGCUAAAAAAGGAAACCAAGACAGAACUUUGGGCGAAGCUGUCUCCUCAUAUCUCCGAUGACUUGCUCAAGUCAGACCCGCUGCGGUCCCUGCGGAGGCUUCCUGUUUUGAAGAAACAUUGCUUUCUCGAGGGGAUUGGUGGAGACACCCAUCCAGCUGCUCUCUGUCAGGCCUGUCCUACUCAGUUCGCAAAACCAGGAGUGGACAUCGCCGGCUACGCCAAACUGCCCGGGCAGGGCUCGAAAAUCCCAGAUCUCUCCGCUACGCCGGGUGAGUGUGGCAAGUCGUUUCCUUCGAAAAAAAGUGUCUUCAGAGCCACCAACAAAAUGAUGGAAGCAGUAAUAGCAUCUGAAGUCCUUGAAGAUGAAAAUAUGAAGGUGGAUCUUCCCAUAGAACAGAUGGAAGUAAAAGAAGUUGAGGAGGAACACAACUCUUACAAAGACCCCCUGACCGAAAGUGGUGGUGACAGCCCUGCCAAAAACUUCCCAACCCAUCCAAAUUCAACUGCUACACCAAGGUCAUACCCUUCCAAAACCAAUAAGGUCAAAGAUAAUUUAGUUUGCACCAUAGUGAUGCCUUCUCAGCAUAUGAUCUGA